AUGGCGCUCGGCGCCAACUCCCUCCCCUCGCUUGUGCGCCGCCUCCAGUAUGACGACAUACGCGACCCCUUGCGUGAGUUUCACGCCCACCUCUCCCACAUCCCCCGUAUGACAUGCACUGCCGUUCUCGACGGCCACUUGGGCUGUGUCAACCGCCUCGCCUACUCUCGCGACUUCAAUUCCUUCGUCUCAGCCUCUGACGAUUGCACUCUUCGUCUCUGGGACGUUGACACCCUCAAGCAUCGCGCCCUCGUCGCCCCAGGCCAUCUGCUCAACAUCUUCGGCGUCGAUUUCAUGCCCGACACAAACGACUCCUACCUCGUCUCCGCUGGUCUGGACUCCCAAGUCCGCCACACCAAUAUCCACACCGGCGCUUCCACACUCUGGACAUGUCACCAGAAGAUGGUCAAAACCGUCGUCGCCGCCUCCGCAAACGUCUUCAUCUCUGCCUCCAAGGACGGCACCGCCCGUCUUUUCGACGCUCGUAUAUCCUCGGGGCAGUCCAAAUACCCGGCUUCGAAUGUCCUCGUCCGCAUUGCGGGGCCCACCGGCGGAUUGCGUGGCCUGCACUCGGCAGUCCUCUCCCCCGUCUCGGAUCACCAUCUGCUCGUCGCUGCACAUGAACCCUGUCUCCGCGUGUACGAUUUGCGCAAGUGUGGCUCCUUUGUUUCGGAUACCGCCGAGAAAAAUGGCCAUCUUCACCGCUCUUCUGUUGGUGAUUGCUUGCGUCGCAUCUGUCCGCCUCACAUGCAUGAAUCCGCCCCGGAGCACUCCAACCCGGGGCAGCGGCCUCCGGGGCAUAAGCGCACUUAUGCCACGUUUGCAACUUACUCAUCCGAUGGCAGGCAGGUCGUCGCUUCAUUCUUUGGCGAUGCUGUUCACGUAUUCGACUUGGCCCAAGACGAUACCUCUGUUCCAUGCCGCUCUCCAUUCCUCACCCGCCCGCAGAAGCGCGCCGUUAUCUUCAAAUGGUUACAGCAGUCAUCCACCACUAUUGAUUCGGACAAGGCUCUCAGCACAGCUAACAAUGUGUUGCAAGUAGAACCGGACAAUCUCCUCGCUCUCGUUUUACGCGCAGAGGCUUUUUUGCGGAGAAGGCGUUACGGAGACUUGCGCUCUAGUUUUGCUACAUAUUCUAGCAUCCUCACGCUUCUUGAGCAGGAUCAUACAAGAAUAUCGCAACUUUGGGGAUUCAACAAACCUGAUGGGCCGCCCUGUAUGCCUCCUGACUCAAGCCAUUGCAAGGAGAGAGCAGACAUCUGGAUGCAAGUGUUUCAGUACAAAAAGGCCUACAUUAUGUUGAGAAUGCUUCCGGGCCGAAGAGUCGCUAUCUUUGAUCGGCAUCUCAGCAAGAGCAUUUUCAAGACGAGGCUCGAGCAAUUAAAUGUGCUCAUUUCCCAGAUUGAGGAUUAUCGAAAAGAAGCAGGACUGUUUCCAAAACUGAAAAGAGUUGUCUAUAAACGGGCGCUGGGGGACUUGUACGAGUGCUCACAGCUCUAUCAGACACGGGCAAGCGCAGCACGAGGAGUGACUUUACAGAGAAUCUUUGACAGCUUCUUCGAAGGAAGUCGAACAAUUCGGAAGGAUUUUGAAACCUACGUGUUUGAUGUUCUUCACCAGGACGACCACAACAUUCAUAGCGGAGACACAUGGGAAGUGAUUGAGCAGUGUAGCACAGGUUCAAACGAUGAAGACGAAGUGGAGGAUCAAGAUAGGAAUGAAAUCCCAAAAUUCUUGGAUAACCUUCACCUGCUUAAAGAAUUCUCGGAAGACCAGCAAAUGGGGAUAUGGGGCCCACCGCCAGCUGCCCAAGACAAGUGGCGGAGCUUCCACGGGGCUAUUAGCAGACAAACGGAAAUAAAGGAAGCGAGGUUUUAUGGCGCUAAGAAUCAGGUGGUUGUUUCGGGAUCAGACGACGGGCUAGUCUACAUGUGGUCGGCUACAACCGGAGAGCUUCUCACAAGAAUACCAGGCGAUGAUCAGAUUGUCAACUGUGUUCUGCCUCAUCCGACACGAUCCAUGAUUCUCAACUCUGGCAUCGACAGCACAAUCAAAGUCAUCUCACCGGAGUGGGAACUUAGGGCGUAACUCGCAGAUGCUAUUGACUAGAACGUGUUGGCUCAAGGCGAAAGACUGAAACCUUACAUUUUUUUUCUUAUGGUUCACGACCCUAGCUCCUCAAACGUAGAGGAUAUGACCCCUACACGAGAAGCGCCUUCCCACCAUACAAGAAAGUAGGCUAGAUGCAGAAUAAAAUGGAAUGAACAAAUCCGUAUUUCCUCUCCCUCAA